CAAAUGCGCAGCUGUUUGGACAAAACUGUAAAGAAAAGGGGUACAUUUGCAUCAAUUGUAACAUAUUUCUUUUAUUUUAUUCAUCCUUUUCUUCUUGGUCAUCUGACUGACCAGAAUUGCUGCUUUUGGUCAUUUUCAAGGCUACUGCCUCUGGUUGAAAUCGCUGUUUAUACCUUGAACUUGAGCCAGCUGAGAUGAGUGGGCCAGAGGUCGCCAAGACGCCGGGGGGUGGGGCUCCAGGGAAGGAGGGCAAAGAGCCGGUGGCCAAUGGGCAUUCAGAGGGCGAGUCCAACCCCUUUGCCGAGUACAUGUGGAUGGAGAACGAGGAAGAGUACAAUCGGCAGGUGGAGGAGGAGCUGCUGGAGCAGGAGUUCCUGGAGCGCUGUUUCCAGGAGAUGCUGGACGAGGAGGACCAGGACUGGUUCAUCCCGGCGAGGGACCUCCCGUCGGUGGGCCAGAUCCAGCAGCAGCUCAACGGUCUGUCGGUCAACGACGGCAACCAGGAGGACAUCGUGCGCAAGAGCAGCUUGAACCCCGAGGCGAAGGAGUUUGUCCCGGGAGUGAAAUAUUAGAGGGCCUCCCUCCCACCCUCACACACACACACACACACACAGACAUAAACAGAGACUCUUGUGACCACGGUGACCGUGGCCAUACACACACACACUCACAGAUAAACAUACAUGUAAACAGACACAUACUUGUUUUGAGAAAUGGGGAUGGGGGGGCAGAUGAUGAUGCUAUGGGGGGAAGCCUUGGAUCGGGAGGCUCUGGGUGGGAACCUCGUCUGUAAGCCUUUUUUUCUUCUUUUUUUUUUUUUUUCCUUAAAGUAUCCGUUCAGUAUAUGUUAAAAAAAAAAAACGAAGGGGAACAGUGGCCAACGGAGCUUUUUCUUUUUUUUUUCUUUUUUGUUUUUUGUUUGUUUUGGAGCCACUCUAUCUACAUAAUACUCUGGAGUAGAUCAAUGUUAUUUCACCCACUCUCAAUUAUUUUCCUCUCGCGCUUUUAUGAGUUACGAAAAACAGAACAUUACAAAAAAAGACAGAUCAUGUUAGUCUUUGUGGUAUAGCAGUAUUUGCUCAAUCAGGGUUUCAUGUUCUGCAGUGUUUUUUUUUUUUUGUUGUUGUUGUUUUCCUUUUUUUCUUUUCUUGUCUUCAGGAGAAAGUUGUCAUGUCCGUCUCAAGUAGCCGUGUCCUCUGUUUGGUUUGUUGGCCAGGCGGUUGGGGGCGGGAGAGGAAGGGAAGGGGGUCAGGUGAUUGGAUGUUUGUUUGAACGUGUUUCGUUGGUUGGCCUCUUGAUGUGGGUGGAUUGAUAAGGAAAGGCUUUGGGAAAAUUCCCAUGGAAUCGCAUUUUGAUUUGAGUUGAAAUCCUGACAAAAAAAGUAUGAAAAUUCAUUUCAAAAAAUGAAGAAAAAAAGACAAAUAAAAGUUGAAAAGUG